AUGGUCCAACGGGCAACACUGCUCAUGUUAUUGGCCCUUUUCGUGAUUUACACCUCAGUGGAAUACGUUUCGACGCGACAAGUACUCUCACAUUGCAUUGAACUCAAAGAUCAUAGAGAGACACAAGUACUUCCAGCCACCUCGACUCCCAGUCAAUCGGCAAUCAGUUCUUCCACUGGAUCCCGUCCAGAAUCUGGCUCGACAAUGCAAGGCAACGCACAGCAUACGAUGAACGAAGGGCACGAAACGAAAGAAACCAGAGUCGCAUCCAAAGUCGGCAAAGUGAUGGUUGUCUAUGGCACACUAGCUGAAUCAGAUAUCACCAAGCGAGUGGUCGACGGCCACAGACAGCAUGCACUUCUCCAAGGCCACCCUUUCCAGCUCUUCGAACGACAAGUUUUGGAUGGCUUGUGGACCAAGCAUGCGUGGCUUCUGAGCGUCUUGCUCAACGAGUUGCACAAGCCGGAGAAGGAUCGCUUGCAGUGGCUGCAUUUCUGCGAUGCAGAUGUCGUCCUCAUGAAUCAAAAUGUGCCUUUGAACACUUUCCUCCCGCCUAAGGACUUCGACCACAUCAACUUCCUGAUUUCGAACGACCACAAUGGCCUGAAUACAGGAGCGUUUUUCGUUCGAGUACACGAAUGGAGUGUUCGACUAUUGAUCGAUGUGCUUGCAUUGCGCUCUGAUCGACCAGAAGAAAAGCUUAAGUACUCAGAACAAUCCGCAACCGAGAUCCUGCUCGACACUGAGAAAUACAAAAACAACACAGCAUUCGUACCGCAGAGAUGGUUCAACGCUUAUCGAGGACCACGCGAAGGAGACAAGUUGAUUCGUGGAGCAACGGUUCCUUCGAACACGAUCAAAGAGGGUGAUCUCCAAUCACAUUUCGCAGGGAAGAAGAAGAACAAGGCGCACAUUUCUGAGUGGCUGGACUACGCAGCAAACACAUCUUCUGGUUGGACUCGUCAACUCAAAUACACGACUUUGCCAGCGGAGGUUGCGUUAUUUUGGAAACUUGAGAAGGAGAGACUUUCGUGGGAUAAGCCAGUGGUGUCCGAAGCGAAGGAUAAGGCAAUUGGAGGGUAG